AUGCCCGAACCGACUGCGAGCAGAGGAGGCCAGAUCGGCAAGGCGCAUUUCAGACAGUUAAACAACGUGCACUGGAUUGUUGGCGCUAUUGUGCGUGCGUUUUUUCGAGCAGUUGUUUUAGAGAGAGCGGCUGCAACACUGCGUUACGACCUGCAGAAUGCUGGUCUGCUUUGCUGUUGUAUCACGAAGACACCAACUGACAGGGAUGAUAGUUUAUAA